AGUGGAAGAGGGCAUUGCGCAUCCCAGCUAACGCCCAAAAGUUAGGCAGUACGGUGUAGGGAGUGGUUUUCUUAGUUCUGAAUAAGUUCGUAUAGUUGGAUCUUGGAGGUGAAGCACCGUGUACGUUUGUGUGGUGAACACGUAACUGAAGAGUCAUGUCAUAUUUUAAGUUUAUCGUUUGCGUCUUGGUCUUCGUUUUUGUGUCUGGUAUUCUAGGUCAAGACUUCGAUCUUAGUGAUGCCUUGUCUGGAGGCCCUACCGCAAAACCUGCUGCACCAACAAAGAAACCCAGCUCUGGUGGUGACUUGGACUUGAGUGAUGGCCUGGACUUCAAUGAUGAUACACCAAAGAAGCCCCCUGUUCAGCCCCAGCCAGGUGGCUCUGGUGGUAAGGGUAAAGGUUUAAGUGACUCUGAUCUGGCUGACUCAUUAGAUGGGUAUUCACCUGAUAAAACACGUGAUGAUAGUCCUGAUGCUGAAAACAAAGCCAGUGAAAAUGAAGAUUUCGAUAUCCUGCAUCUCUUAAUAUGUAUUUGGAAUAUGGCUGGGCUAGAAGAUUUUGGAGCCCAGAGUCCAGGAGCAAUUGCUGGCAUUGUGAGUGCUGUAGCCAUGGCCUUAUUUGGUGCAGCAUCUAGCUACUUCGCUUACCAGAAAAAAAAGCUAUGCUUUAAAGAAGAUGCUGGCCACCAAGAAAAUGUCUUGAUGGAAAAUCAGAGUAAACAAAGACCAGGACAAAAUGCCCAAACCAGCCUGAUUGGGAAAUAGCCAACGCAGUGACAAUCUGCAAUCAAGUUAUUUGACAGAUAAAGUAAUGAUGUAUUCUCUCUUUUAAUGAAUGUUAGUGUUUUUUAUUUUGUUUUUUUGUUUUUAACUGCAGGUGGUUUAAAUUGAGAUUUCUGUCUCUUGAAUAAAUUGCCAUUGUACAGACAGAAAUGGCGAAGCUUUUAGAACCAUUUUCUUACUAAGUAAUAUCAGGUGCAUUGUUUAGAGUGCAGCUCAUGUUUCUUGGUAUGUGAAGGUAGAAAAAGACUAACAUUGUGUACACUUUUCAUGUAAAUGUUCUAGUUUCCAUCUUGGCUCUUCAGGUAAUAUGUGGGGAAAUAUACUUUGGGAAGUGGACACUAAAGUGCCAGAGAUGACUGUUGUAAAAUGCUAGCCUGAAUUUACAGGCAUGUUCAUCUGUGGUGCAUGGGAGUAGAAUUUAAGGGAGUACAGUGGUUGACACUACUUCUAAAGGAAGUUAUUACUUUGAUUCAGUAGUGGAGAUGUGUGAAACGUUAAGGCCCCAUUUGCCAGAGUUGAUAGCUCAUAUAGAUGUAAAAGAUUCCACUGCAAUUGUUGGAGUGUAGGGGAGGUUCUCCUCUGCCCUGACCAAAUUUCCCUUAGUAUGACUGCCACCUUGGGUUCUCCCUGAAGAGAGGCCAUUGGCCUAGUAAGAAUAACCUGGUUAACAAAGUAUAAAUAAAUAUGUCCAUUCUAAAUAAAAACUUUGGUUUAAAAAGCCAAUUCCAGCUGUCAAGGUAUAGGCAUUAACAUAGUUUUGCAAUAGUGAAGUCUACCAUGGAUGAUGAUUAAAAUUUUCCCCUCAGAUUCAGGUUGGUUAGAAUUUCUAAAUAGUAAUUUCUAAGUAGUACCACCUGUUUGAACUCCCCAGGUAGUUCUUUUGAUUUUAAUUAGUGCACCUAGUACACUUUGCGGUCACAAAACAUGCUUACUGUGCCAUUGUUGAUCCCUGGGAACCACAGUUUUUUUUAUGAGCUUCUUUAUUCACAGUAGUCAUAUGGAGUUGCAGAGUAAGGUUUGGUUAGUUGAGUUUUCAUGGUGAAAAAUAAGAUCCAUAUGUACUUAAAGCGACUGGAUCGAAUACCAAGAAAGAAACUUGCACAUACCCUUAGACAAGCACAGCUUAGUAUGCAUUGUAAAUUCCUGUGACUAAGUUUUAACCACUGGGCACCUGUUAAAUUUUAAGUGCCACCUUGAGCGUAAUUUGUGCCAUAUGAUAGCAGUAGUUUAAUACCCACCAUUCUUGUCUGUUUCGUAUUCUUCAUUGUUUUGUUUUUUUAACUAAUGCAUGUUUAAGUGGCUCAUUCCACAGCCUGCAUUUGUGACAACCUAAUGCACACUGUAUAUUUAGUAGCAAAUAUAAUCAGGAUUUAGUGCUCAUUUAGAACCUUAGUUAAUGUAGCAGAAGUCAUUCAGGCAUGCUUUAGCAAAUCAUGCAGUUUGGUUUAUUUAAUAUGAAUAUUUCAGGUGUGUACUUCUAGCCCCAAUUUGUUGCAUGUUUUUGUGCUUUUGGUCCUUGACCUUUUGUAUUCUUGUCAUUUCCCUAAAAAUGUCAUAAACAUUUUAUGUACAAAGGUGUUUGGGGUUGAAUCCUGUGUACUUUUUAACUUAAUUCUAAAAUCUUUUUUAUUUUCACAUAGGCUUGACAGUGGUGACAUUUAAAAUUAACAUGUUAAUUUAAUUUCUGUGCCUUACAAUCAUGUUAAUGUCAGACUAAGCAAGGAAAUGUUUGUUACAUGAGGGUUGAAAUAACUGCAUGAGUUAAGGUAUUUUGUAGAAAAUGUACAUUUAAAGGCUUUAGAACAAAAGGUCAGAGACUGUGCAUUUAUUUCUCCAAUUAGCCACCUGCAAUAGAGCAGUUUCCCUGUUUGAAAGGCAAGCCCCCUUUGUUCUGUACAUGCUUUAAAUGCACACUUUUACAGAUAGUUUGUAUAAAAUGUAGCAAUUUUUUAACAGUGUUUUAGAAUUGUGCAUAUUGAAGAAAACAUGUUCUGUUUGAGUAAUAAUGGUCUGUAUAGUUUGAUAAGAUUAAGUGAAUCAAGUUUGUUUUCUGCCAAAGAUUGAUUUGUAUUGACUUUUAAAAGCAGAUUAUUGAAAUUUGCUGUUUCUUUCCAUAAUGAAUUUUCAAUAAAUUCAACAUUUUUGAAA